UCAGGCUGGGGUCCUGAGAGCGGGGUUCAGAGCAGCCAGUGUCCCGUCUGGCAGGAAGCACUCUGCAUUCUCAGUGACGUGCCUUGAGUGGACAAAUCAUGCCGACUGUGUGGGAGAGAAACCCAGCGCUGCUCGCAAGAUGAAGGCAGAGAGGGAGGCAUCAUGCAAAGAGACAGCCGUUCCUUCACCGUUUCUUCUCCUGUGGCUUUUCAUCUUUUCAUUGGCAGGUGUAUGUGGGGUGAACAUCAGCUGUCCGUCUCCUCUAGUGCGAGGUACACUAGGAGGCUCUGCUCUUCUCUCUGUGACCUACACCAGCACCAGCUCCGACCAGCCCGUUAUUAAGUGGCAGCUGAAGAGGAACAAACCUGUCACUGUGGUCCAGUCCAUUGGUACAGACAUCAUCGGGAACCUGAGGCCCGAAUACCGUGGCCGAAUCCUCCUGUACGAGAACGGCUCCCUGCUCCUGCAUCACCUGCAGCUGUCAGACGAGGGCGCCUAUGAGGUGGAGAUCUCUAUCACUGAUGAUACCUUCACUGGGGAGCGAUACGUCAACCUUACUGUGGAUGUUCCAGUGUCCAGGCCUUUUGUUCACAUGGUGGCCUCGUCCGUCCUAGAGUUGACUGAGCUCUUCAUACUGAACUGCACUCACGAUAGUGGCACCAAACUCACCUAUAGCUGGCAGAAGGGUGGGAAAUCUUUGACCAAUGACUCGCGUCUGCUCCUGUCACAUGACCAGAAGGUCUUGACCAUCUCCCAUGUUGUGAUGUCAGAUGAUGACGUCUACAGCUGUAGGGUGGAGAACUCCAUCAGCAGUAUGAAGAGCCUGCCUGUCAAACUCACUGUCUACAGACGGAGUUCUCUCUAUAUCAUCCUCUCCACGGGAGGCAUUUUCUUACUCAUCACCUUGGUGACUGUGUGUGCCUGUUGGAAACCCUCCAAAAAAAAAAGGCAAGAGCUUGCCGGACAGAGCAGACAAAAUGUAGCAGAGCAGAGCAACGGCAAUCAUGAGGGCAUGGUCAGAGAAACACAAUACGAAUCCUUCAAGAAGACUUUCAAGCUUCAGACACAGAGAGUGGGUGAAACAUUAAGGAUUCUGAAAAGCAAAAGGAGAAGAUGA